CUGCACGUGUUAAACCCGAGCUGCAGUGAAUGCUCUUGUUUCGCUUUCUCUUCAUUCGUCAUCAAUGUGCAAAACCUGUCUCUCCUCCCAAGCAGUGCUGAAGCGCCACGAAACGCACAACGUUCGAAUCGACAUGCCGGGAUCUUCAGUGUCUCCCAUCGGUAGUGAAAGUCACAAACACCGUAAACGGCAAAUAGAUAGCGUCCAGUCUAAAUGAGAAAGAAAGAGAUGCUGAAGACUGGUCAAUAGAACAACCCAUUUCGAAGCGCUUGGGUCGAAAUCAUCGACGUCAGAUUUUUGAAUAUAUUCGCUCAUCUCGAUCCCGUUAGGUGGCGAAGACGGGAUGGAUCGUCGUCCAUGGGCUGUAUGGCGUAUACGAGCUCGGAAUAUGACACCGAAUAUUAGUGAUCGCUUGAUCUCGAGAUCUGAGCGACUGUUUCGUCAAUUUUCGCUGCUCUUGUGCAAACGAAUCUGACGGUGCUGUGAUUGACUGUGUGGUUUAAAGUAUAUUUAACGUUAAUUUGAUGAGCAAAUGAAAUUCCAAAAUUAAAGCUGCUCUUUAACAGGCUUUACCUGCUGUAAAAAUCUACCUUAGUGCUUAAUUUCCUUAUCAAAUUUCACUAUGAAUGAACGAUUGAUGUGUUUAGUCGUUGGUUUACUUUCCAUCCAAGCGAUAUGUGGCUUAAGAAAUUGGAAUAGACACCGUUAUGAGGAUAGAACGGCUCCAACGCUACCGGGAGAUUAUGUGUCGAACGAGUAUGAAUUAGAGGAGGAGCGGUUCGUCAACUUCGUCACUGUGCGCCCGGAAUACUUCGAGAUAAAUCGUGCUCGACCAAUUAUCGACUGGAUUACGGGUGUCAUCGGUGCUCCUGUUUUUGCCAGUGAUUCCUCGGGACCGUCACAAAAUUGCACUCCAUGCAAGUGUGGUUCGGUGGAACCAAUAAACGAACGAAUAGUGGGUGGCAUACCUGUGGAGGACAAUAGCUUCUCUUGGAUGGCUGCCCUGUACUACGACAAUAAGUUUUGUUGCGGUGGUUCCUUGCUUUCGGAUCGAUACGUCAUAACGGCAGCCCAUUGUACAACCAAACCAGAUCGGGGGCUGUUUCGCGUGCAGUUUGGCAUAAACGAUCGUAGCAAACCGAUCGCCACAUCCAUCGAGCGAAGCGUGAAGCGAAUCCUGACAAACUGGUACAAUGCCUUCAACAAUAACAACGAUAUAGCGCUGCUCGAGCUCACAUACCCGGUGGCGAUCAGCGAUCGUGUGAUGCCCAUUUGCCUGCCACAGGCCACAGAAAUGUAUGAGGGUAGUCGGGGCAUAGUUACUGGAUGGGGUAGGACGAAAGCGGGUGGUGGACUAUCGGGGACAUUGAUGCAAACCGAAGUUCCAAUCUUAACCAACCGUGAGUGUCGCCGUGCUGGGUAUUGGGCGUUUCAGAUUACGAACAAGAUGCUCUGCGCCGGAUAUCUAGAGGGAGGCAAAGAUUCCUGUCAGGGUGACAGUGGAGGACCACUGCAGGUACUGAACACUAAAUCAAAUCAUUAUGAGCUAGUCGGAGUUGUUUCGUGGGGACGUGCCUGUGCUCAGAAGAACUUUCCUGGAGUGUACACGCGUGUCAGUCAGUAUCUGUAUUGGAUUAAUCGUAACAUUAAGGAUUCCUGUUUAUGUAGCUAAGGAUCACGCAACACUUCGAGUCAAACAUA